AUGUCUUCCGUUUUUGUCACCGGCGUCACUUGCCGUUCUGCCAUUGACGCAAUCACCACCACCCAGUUCACUCGCGAGCUGGCCAAGUGCCCCAACACGGCGUACUCUGUCCGCUUAUUCAACGCUGAGAGGCAGGUCGCGACAUCCGUCCUCGCUGUCCGCCUCGAUGGCCAACUCCAGACCAAGUGCAUGGGCCUCGAGAACGAGGUGGACCGCAUGCGUCUGUUUAUGGACCAACCCAUGGGCACCACUGGCCCGACCUGGAUGCUCGUUCUGGUUGUUAUUGGAAUCGCAUUCCCCGACCUCUCACACCUCGGUCGCGUCGAAGCCUACGUCCGCCGUCACCGCCCCGCCACCUCCUUCGCGGCGCUCAGCAACUUCGAGUCUGCCCCCAUCGUCAUCGGCGAGCGCGCCAUUGAUGGCGCCCGCAACAGCAACGGCGGAAAACUGUCGCCUACCCAGCACGUUGCCCGGUGCACAUCUCUCGCCGGCGUCAUGGAUGUUCUUGGUUGGUCCGAGGACCGUCUCGAGGCCGAGGCCAAGGUCGCCAACGCCGAGAAGAACGGCGCCAAGCGCGUGACAGGCCGCACUGCUGUGAUCCAGUUCAUUGGCCUUGCGAGCGUCAUCGCCACCGGUACCUGGUCCGUUCUCGGGGACCCCAAGACGGUCAACACAAACCAAAGCUCCUUUUACCCUCGCCGCGCUGCAGCUGGCGCCCGUUUUAAGCAGAUUAUGGAGGACCUGUUUGAGCACUGCUUGUUCGCCAAUGGCAACGGCUCCUUCACCUACGAUGUCACCAACCCCAUCGGCCAGUUCCUUCGUGACGGCACACAAGUCCGCCGUCUCGAGGACUGGCUCGGCCAGGCGCUCGACGAGAUUGCCGACGCAUUUGCCACCAAGCUCUUCCAGGUCUCGGACGCAGACGGCUUCGGCCGCUCGCGUCGCGUCGUGCUCGCCCUCGCGCGCCGCUACUGCCUCCGCCUAAUCGCUGGCGACGAGGCUGAAGUCAAGAAGCAGAAACGCUUCUGGAGGGCCAAGGACGAGAAGCGCGCCGCGCGUCAAAUCAUCAAGGACGGAGGUAUCGACCUCAAGAACCUCCACGCCGUUCUCAAGAGCCGUACGUACAACGCCAUCCGUGUUCACUUCAAGUACGGUCCCGUCAAGGCCCGCAUGAGCCGCGUGCUCCAGGACCUCGUACGUUGA